AGUGCUCCGACGAAGGACUAGCGUCCGAAACGUCAGUAAAUUUUUUCAUCUUUUCACGGUGUAUAAUUUACUUUUUCAUCAUUACCUAAUUUAGUUGACGUCACCUAUUCAACAGUGAGACUAAAAGCACUCUAAGUGGUGAUUCGAUCCAAGUUUAUUACGCGAUGAGAAUACGAACCCAAACUAUUGGUAAAAUAUUAGCGUUACUAAGUUUACUUUUAGUGAUAUUUUCGCUAAAGAUGCUUUUCGAAGGCGGUAAUCUACAUCGACCCUUCGAGACGACGGCGAUUCAGAAUAGCAAAAGCAUCUCUGAAGGAAAAGUAGUUGCCGUGACAGGACAGAUAGAGAAGCAAACACCCAGAAUCGAGUUUUCGUAUCGUAAAUCAAGGCAAUUUUCCCUCGAGACUGAGUUAAUGUCAUCCUACACAAUAAAGACUGCUACAAAUACAACGUGCUUGAGUCUAGGAACGAGAUUUUCUACUUAUGAUCGUUGUAUCUGCCGAAAAGGCUGGCUUGGGGAGUCAUGUAAUAUCCCUGAAAAAACCCUGAUAGAUAUAAAUAUCUACUGGUUAACCUUUAUGUUAAUGGCCGAAGACAAUGAUUAUUUCAGUAAUUCAAGAGAUUUAUUCACAUUGUUAAUGGCGGAAGAYAAACACAAACCUUCAUAG